AUGUCGCCAGCAUUCUUCAGCGUAUAUUCAACACAACUGAAAACGUUUCUGACUAAAGCCGUUUGCUGUGGUACUGUCGAGUAUUUACGUGAAGAGGACCUCUUUGGUUUGCGAGUGAUUCAAGUCAAGCACUCAGUUCAUCUUAUCGAACAAUAUUCAACAUAUCGCACAAGAUGA